CUGGGAGAUGAAUGAGAUUACGUAGACGUUGUUGAGAUCAGCGCAAGGGUAUCAGGAAUUCACUCACCGAUUUUGAUAUUGUACUCUGAGAGCUUUCUAUUUAUUUCCAAUGUUCUAUACCGGACUAGAUUUUACUGCAAUCGUUGAACACACAUAUGAAUAAACCGAAAUAUAUAUUUAUAGAAAGAAUUAGAAAUUGGAAAUGGAGAUUCGACAAUGCCUGUGCGUUUGUAUUUCUUAAUAAAUAGUUGUAGACCAUCUAUGACUAGUAAGUUUUUAUAUGAAAUUAAGAGGGCACUUAGACUAGAUGUAUCUCUCUAACAAGUUCGCCUAGUGUUUUCGCCGUUGUUUAAUGCUUAAUAGUGUUGAUAAUAUUUAGUUGUAUGCCACUUAAAUCUUUCUCUCCACAUAGAGAGAAAGAGAGCUUUGCUGUGUGCCUAUAUUGACACAGGAAAUGAAACACGAAAACACAUUUGCAUGUGUUUUAAUAUUUUCCUCAACGUUUGCCUGACUUAAUAGAAUGUUUAAUACAGGACAGUCAAUAGAAAUGUUUCCCUAGGUAAUCAUCACACUGGACUCUUAAAACUAGUGAUUAGUUAACUGCUUAGCAAGGAAACACAUAAUUAGUUACUUUUGAAAGUUACGGAACGGUACUCCACUUAUGUCCUUCACCGCCUGUUCUUAAACCGGCAGGCUUCAAAGUUUGCUUCAACUUUUAUUACUUUAAUUGUGUGUCAUUGUCGUUAUCUCGACCCAAGACAAAUUGAUGCCGACACUGAAUUUGAUAAACUUCAGUGGGUACUCUAUUGACAUUAUUAUAUCGUGUUUAUAACUAGAAGAAGGGUAAUCUUUUAGAUCAGUUAUGGCCACAGCGGUAGUCAGAACUUCAUAAAGACUUGGUCGCUGCGCGGAUUCCGUAGAGAGUGAGCGGUCCAAAAAAAACAAUAAUAUACGAUGAUCUCACUUCCCAAACACGGUUUGGACUCACGAAAAUCAUGGCUGGUCGCUCUGCUUUGUGGCCUAGUUCACUUAUUCUGUUCACUCUCAAUGGCAGCUAUGGGAAGCAUGUUCACAGGUUUUCUUAUCGACUUCAGUUCGGAACGUGAGAAAGCUUCGUGGCCUGUAACCUCUAUUACUUGUAGCAUGCAGAUUGUUUCUCCAUUGUUUUCGAUACUGGUACAUCUAGGCGCGCGCCAUGAGUGGAUACUCCGCAUAUGUACAUUCACAGUUUCAGCCGCCUUGGUCCUGUCUUAUUUUGCCAAAACCAUCGUUUUUAUAACAAUACUUAUGGCCAUACAUGGUUCAAGCCUUGCGGGAAUUUUCAUGAGUGCUAAUGUUCUUAUGGCAAGACAUUUCCAAAGGCAACGUGCGGCAGCCACAGGUAUGCAGGAAACGAUUGCGGGUGUGAGCGUGUUCUUCAUGCCAGCGCUUAUGGAUAAUUUCAUCAGGAGAUUCCGAACAGUUCGAAGUAUAAGUCUUUUAGGAGUGAUCACCUUCGCAAGUUUUAUUUUUAGCCUUUGCAUCACGCCCUUCAACGAACAGGAAACGCAAGACAGCUUUAGAAACGGAACGCAAGAGGACACCGAACACGUGGAAUUUCCUAAAGAAAUCUCCAGUACAGUUUAUGCUACUGAAACUUCUAAGGAUGCAUCCGAAAUAAGCCAGAAUGCGUCGUCUGCAGUUGAUUCAAACAACCUUCUCACAGACCAACCUGUUGUGCGCGAUGAGCCGAAACCUUUUUCGUGGCGUACUUUCACCAAUCUGCGAUACUUCUUCGAUGUGUUUUCGUUUCUCGUCGUAUUUGAAUGUUUUGCGACCUUUCUACAGUUGACCGCCGACUAUAGCAAUGAUCGGGAAGUACCGGAAGGGGCGAUAUAUUUGGUGCCAAUUUUUGGUAUAGGUGAUAUGAUGUUCAAAUUAGGUUCUGGAUUUCUGUCAGACGCGAAAAUCGCAUCGCCGCCAACUCUUAUGCUCGCUGGAAGCGUAAUCCAGUGUUUUAGCUUUGUGCUGCUAUCAUAUUCGUCCACGAUGGUGGGCCUGUCGUUUUCUGCAUUUUUGAUGGGUACCUCCAAUGGAUGCAGGAUUAUUCUUUUCAUCAUAGUUCUAAUCAAUGAUUUCGGACUCGACAAUUUAUCGCACACAUUUUCAUUUGCCAACUUCCUCAUUGGGAUUGCCACGCUUCUGAAACCUUUUCUCGUAGGCUACUUCCGGGAUCGUUUGGGGGAGUAUCUUGGGCUGUUCCUUUUGCUAGCUACUCUAAAUGCGGUAGUAGCCUUUUACUGGGCAGUACGAGUUAUUGAAGCCUACAGAAACAAAAGAAUAACGUUGACGUGAAUGUUUCUAUGUUUUACUUAAACUUACUUCACCUGUGUUUGAAUAAAGAAGCUGGUUGAAAAGAAA